AUGAAGCCAGGAAGGAGUGGAGAAACGAAAGAGGAGAUAGUGGAAGUGCACACUGCUGGCCGCUCUCCUUCACCCAAACAAAAAAGCAAGGAACGUUCUCGGAGUCGAUCAGGAUCACGAAAGUUAUCAAACGGUCAUGUACAUCAAGAAAACCCAGAAAUUACUACUGAAGAACCUUCAGAAAAAUCUAAAACCCGCGAAAACUGGACUAAAGCAGAGCAAGAAUCGAUAGACGCAGAGAUUCCUAUUCAUGAUCAAAUUAAGAAAGGCAUACUUGGCUUUGUAGAGAAAGAAAUCAAAAAAUCUGAUAAAAAUCCAUCGUUUGUAUUUUACUCUCAUGAUCCAAAUGGCUUAGAUGAGAAAUUUAUGAAAACUUUAUCAAGACCGUCUAGCGGGCAUAAGGAAAAACGCAGCCCAUCAAAUAGAAAGAAAAAACGUCAUUUAUCAAAACAUAGGGAUAGAGAUCUGCAUGAUUUUGAAGUACCUGGUUCUAGUCUUAUAGCUUUAGAGAAGGUCGAUGAUUAUCUAAAAGAAUAUAAUAAAGAAGAAGUUGUAACACUAAGUGGAGAAUUAGAAAUUGAAGCAAAUGAUGUUGAAAAUAAUAACGGAACUACUAAGGAAGUUAGGCAUAAACCAAGGAAGACUCGGCGAAAAGUUAGAGAGGAAAGGCAAGAUAGUAAUGCCAAUGGAAGGGAUGUCAGUCCAAAAGUAUUUAAAACUGCAAGUCGGCCGAAGGCCACAACUAAAGCUGCUCGACCCACCGACCUAACAUCAAUGCUAGAAAGCCUAGAAUCUAAAGUGCCGUAUCAUGAUCAAUACAUAGACAACCCAUUUUCUUCACCCUCACCCGUCACAUCACCUAAUGAUGAAAGGCUGGACCCAUUUAAACGGAGGCAAGAGAAAAUAUAUUUACAAGGUGGUGGAACCUUUAGAGCUGUGUCUCGGGAUAGGAUAUUGGAAUCUCAACAGUCAAGAGAUGGGGAUAAAUAUUUAAGACUAGGUGACUUGACUCCUCUAGAUAUUGCACUAACCAUACAGAAAGCUUGGAGGAAUGCGGCACCCGCAUGUCAUGGUAUACUGGGUGGUCUUGCUCUAAUGCAUUUACUGUUGAUAAGCUAUUCGGAUAGUUUGGACGCAGGACACUUGUCUUUCCAUGCAGUGGUCACAAUGCCUUAUGUUGCCUGCUAUUAUUUCUUCUGUGUAUUGUGUUUGCUGUCAGUUUUGGAUAGGUUGGACGUAACCAGUAUAGAUCUGACACGAGGGCUCCAACCGUGGUUCCAGCCGAUAGUGCUAGUGAUCCUUUACACAGCGUGUCUGUUGGUUUGUGUCGCCGCCAGAAUGUAUGAUGAACUGAUGGUGUAUCAGUAUGCGCCUUUGGUCACCAAUAUAACAGCUAAUGUGACUACGCCAACAAUACCUACAUUUUAUCACACGUGGACGCAUUUUUCAAUAUGGCGGGCGGUGCUAUCCCUACUGGGAUUGGCCUACUUCGUCAUAUCAAAUCCCCCGGACUUAGUUCAUAUGAACUUGAGUAAGUUAUUGCAAUUUAAACAUUCUUUGCAGAGUAUUGGA